AUGGGAAAAUUAAUCGAAGAUAUGAAGACCAAGACGGUGUGGAAUGUACCACGUCCACGCUCAUGCAAACUUGACCUGCUUUCAACUCGUAUCCUGUCUCGACGGGAUACACUCUGCUCAAACUCGUCAUCACAAUCAUCAUCAUCAUCAUCAUCAUCAUCAUCAUCAUCCCCACUCCUUCAACACGCCUCCCCAAACACUUUUCCCUUUGACUCUUCCGCUUGCUCACUGGCACUGCCCCUCCUCCGAAGAAUCCCUUUCCUGCUACUCACGUCUCCUUCUCCACGCCAGGCGCCUAGCAACGGUGCCCUCCAGUCUCCGCGCAUCGUCUCGACUACUCAUUCCUCCCCAUGUCUGUCGGCCUGCGCAACCUGCCUUUCGCCAUCGAGCAUCACACACACUGGACACACUCUCCGCCGGCCAACAUGCCGACGUGGCUCAGCUCAGCACAUAGCGCAACAUGUGAGCCAUUUUCACACGCAAACUGGCUGGCUGGCUGGCUGGUUGGCUGGCUGGUUGGAAAGACGACGUCGAGAAAGAGAGCGACGUGGGCACGACGUCGUGACGACGAGCCAACCGAUGAGCAGGAGGGAAAUCCCGCUCGUCUGCCGGACAGACGAAGCAGACUGUAUGAAUGUUGCUACAAACUUGCUGACACUGCGUCGUUGUGGCUGGCUAAAACCUGUUGACCAGGCGUUGACCUUAAGCCGUUGCCCUUCCGGUGCUACAGGCGCCGGACGGACCAGCCGAUCCUCCUCCGUCCAUCCCUCGCUGCCUGUCCCCUCGUCGCUCUAUCCUCCCACCUCCGUGUCUCACUACGUGGUAGCGUCGAGGCGAGGCAGCGAGUCAGGCCGGUCCGAUGACCUUGUCCACCCGCACAGCCGGACAGCCAGGGCCAGGCAGAAGAGCCUGAGACCGGGAGGCGAAAUGCAGUACCGGUCGGCCCAGAAACCGAAUGACCGUCUGCUCAUCGGCUGCCGGACGGAUCGAUGCUCUACCAGAUAG